UCUUAUAUGUUUUUCUUUCUAUUGCAUUGCAAAUGUGAUCAAACUUUGUAUUCUCAAUUUCAUGCACAUUCCAGUAUUAUCUUUCUUACAUAAUUUUCAUUCUUCUUUUUUAUUUAUAUUUUUAUAUAUAUAUUUUUUCCCCACCCCCCACGUUUUGAGCUUUCCAUUCCACAAGGUCGGCUCUUACAUUUAAAGCAAUAGAAAUUUUUGAUGACUUGGAGGAAUUGAAGUAAAUCAACCCUUUAAAUUGAAUCAACAUUACUUUGCAGUUCCCAACACGAAAGUUAAGGUUUUUUAUUUUUAUUUUUUUUAUUUUAUAUUUUUUAUUGGUUCUAGCUGCGUUUAUUGUUGGGUAGAUGAACAAACUCUAGGCGGAGAAAACAAAGUUACAUUUGUUUUUGAAUUUUUGUUCUUAUCUAUUGGCAUUUGCACUGCUUAGAAACUCAAAUAAAGAGACCCUUUUAUAUAUUUAUAUAUAUUUCAUGCAUUGCUCUGUUUCGAUUAAGUUUAGAGUGGUAGAAGCUUCAUUUUUUGGUGAGAAAUUUAGUAAAAGGAAGAACCCAAAUAUUAGUUAAUUCAGAUUUGGUCCAGCAAGAUCCACCAAUAAGAUUUGAUUUUCCAUGUACUCUGUAUCUUAUGGUAGCACAAACCUCUAGUCAAAAGUGUGGAAUUCAGUAGUUGGGUUAGGGAAUGUAAUGUGAGAGACAUAAGCUUGAGGCAUGUUAUAUAGGAGUCUCUGUUUAGUUUAUAUAUAAAGCAUAAGACAUGGAUUAGAAGUAACUCCUUCAUCUAUUGAAGUUAAUAGAACUAGAAGACAAAAAAGCACCAAAAUUUAUUUGAGAUUUCAGGCCUUGUUAUGGUGGGAAGCAUUAUGGGAAUAGUUAGUAAUGCAUACUCAAAUGGAUCUGUUCAGAACAACAAUGGUUUAGAAGAGAAACUUGAUGAUCUUCGUGGCCUUUUUGGCAAGGUAGAUGGUGACCCUUUGAGAAUUGUUGGUGUUGGAGCUGGUGCUUGGGGAAGUGUUUUUGCAGCUAUGCUGCAAGAUACUUAUGGCGUAUUCCGCGACAAAGUACAAAUCCGGAUAUGGAGAAGGCCAGGAAGGACAGUGGAUAGAGACACUGCUGAGCAUCUCUUUGAAGUUAUCAACUCAAGGGAGGAUGUGUUGAGGAGGUUGAUUAGGCGUUGUGCUUAUCUGAAAUAUGUUGAGGCAAGGCUUGGUGAUAGGACUCUACUUGCUGAUGAGAUUCUGAAAGAUGGGUUUUGUUUGAAUAUGAUUGAUACACCACUUUGUCCUUUGAAGGUUGUGACUAACUUGCAGGAAGCUGUGUGGGAUGCUGAUAUUGUGGUUAAUGGUUUGCCUUCAACUGAAACUCGUGAGAUCUUUGAAGAGAUUAGUAAAUAUUGGAAGGAGAGAAUUGCAGUGCCUGUGAUAAUCUCUUUAGCAAAGGGUAUAGAGGCUGCAUUGGAGCCUGUUCCCCAUAUUAUAACUCCCACCAAAAUGAUUAACCAAGCAACUGGAGUUCCUAUUGAGAACAUACUUUAUCUUGGUGGUCCAAAUAUUGCCUCAGAAAUCUACAACAAGGAGUAUGCCAAUGCUAGAAUAUGUGGCGCUGAGAAAUGGAGGAAACCUAUAGCAAAGUUUCUAAGACAACCACAUUUUAUUGUCUGGGACAAUAGUGACCUUGUCACCCAUGAGGUCAUGGGUGGCUUGAAAAAUGUCUAUGCAAUUGGCGCAGCUUACAUUUGGUUUCUCAUUUACAAUAUAUAUAUAUCUUGUUUUUUCUCAUUGUUAUCAGGAAUGGUAGCAGCCCUUACCAAUGAGAGUGCUACAAGCAAAUCUGUAUACUUUGCACAUUGUACAUCAGAGAUGAUAUUUAUCACUCACUUGUUGGCUGAAGAACCUGAGAAACUUGCGGGGCCGUUAUUGGCUGACACUUAUGUGACUUUAUUAAAAGGUCGUAAUGCAUGGUAUGGCCAGAUGCUAGCUAAGGGUGAAUUAAGCCCUGACAUGGGAGACAGCAUCAGUGGCAAAGGAAUGAUUCAGGGUGUCUCUGCAGUGAAGGCAUUCUUUGAACUUUUGAGCCAAUCAAGCCUGAGUGUAUUGCACCCUGAAGAAAACAAGCCAGUUGCUCCUGUUGAGCUCUGCCCAAUCUUGAAGACACUAUAUAAAAUAUUGAUAUCCAGGGAACAGUUAUCACAAGCUAUUCUCCAAGCUCUUAGGGAUGAAAAUCUGAAUGAUCCCCGUGAACGAAUUGAGAUUGCACAAAGCCAUGCUUUCUACAGGCCUUCACUUCUUGGGCAACCCUGAUUAUUUAUCCUGGAAAAACACACGUGUAUGCCUCAAUGUAUAUUGAGCAUUUGUUAAGCAUGUUUUCUUUGGGUACAAUUUCUUGCAAUUUUUAUUUUUUUUUAUGGGCAAAGAUGUAAGAGUUUAUGAUGGAUUUCAUACACACUGUAUAUAUUAGACAAAAUUAUAACCCAUGUUGGCAAUUAGACACAAAAUAGCUCAAAACAUUGUACUAGCAAUAAGGGUAUGAUCCAAUUCAAAACACUGCUAUUGUUAAGUCAAAACACUGCUAUGGUUAAGUAGCAAAUUUAGCUGGGUUGC